AUGGACAAAUCCAAUGGAAAAUACGCCGAACUCAAUCCCCGUGCCUCCAUGGGCCCCUCUAUGCGCCUAUCUAUCGUUGGCGAUGAGGAAACCUGCGAUGCCCCCAUUCCAAAUACCUUAGAUGUUCCAGGACGUUUGUCGAUAGUAUCAUUGCCGAACUCCGAAACAAUCUCGAUCUCAUCUGCCCCAAGGGAGACUCAAAAUUAUCGCCACAGCUUUGCUGUUUUUGACUCAACAGUUAGACCUCGACCGACAACUGCCCCGAGUCGGCCCUCAAGCAUUGCGAAGCCACGAGUAUCUGAUGCGUCAACCCAGCCGAUUGAUUCCGCCCCUCACCUUCAUGUCGACUCGACCCUCGGAUCACCCCCAUCAGGAACAGCAUCCUCGAACCCUGCCAUUCGCGUCGAAGCUCCCUACGAGGGACCAUCCGGUCCUUCCCACCCUUAUCAGAUGUACAACCAGAGGCCUGUCAGCACUUCAACCACAUCAGCAUCGCUAGCUGGUGCCGAUCAAGCAUAUUUGGGGCAAGGUGGCCCGACGUACCCGUACACGAUGUAUCCCCAAGCCACCUCAGGAUCGGGCGAUGGCCAGUCUUCCACCAUACCCGUUGGAUUCCCCAGUAGCGCAUCAAAUGCAUAUCAACAAACAGUCGACACUCCAACCAAUGGGUCUAGCUCUUUUUCCGUAGCGACUCUUACCCAUGCUGAGGAGCUACCUCCAUACUCUAGAUAUCCUGUGAAUACUUUUGCGCCAAAACCGGCAGAAGCAGAGCAAAGGGCCAACACCCCAAGUUCUGUAACCAUAGAGCCGUUACCAGCCUCUAACUUAACACCGCCGUCAACAAAUGCCCCUUCUCCCGUUGUAUCGCCUAUCCAGGGCGCUGGUGGCCUUGGUUUGGCUACUAGAGACCCAGAAUUCUCUUCAACCUCGUCUGACUUAGACUCGCCACGGCUCUCCACCCGUAGCUUUACCUCCGAUGGGAGCCAGCGCGAAAUACACUCGACGCCUCCCGAGGAGAACGAGAAGGAAUCUAUGAAGACCUGGCAGAAGCGGGCUAUGAAGAAAAUGUGGGGAUCGUGCCGUACUGGGCCAUCGGGUUGCUGGCCAUCGCACUCGUUUUAA